AUGCGGCGCACCGUACGCGUGGGUAUUUUUUGUGUCGUCUUGAACGCGGUGCGAAAAGAAAAAAACUCUCCCUUCCGUUCUGUUCGCAACUGUUGCACAGCUGAUCGUCGCCGGUGAUCGGGAUUAGUGUACACUCGGGACUCGUUGCGAAAAAGUGUAGCCAUCGAAGUGCCGUCCAAUCGUCGGACGAGUAAUCGGAAGGAAAGCAGCGAGAGAGGAAACCUCGGGGAUUAAUUUGCGCGAAGGGCAGCCGAUAAAAGAGAAUAAAGCGACGACUCGUGAAACGUGUUCCUCGAAAGCACCGGAAGCACGAACGUGCCCGAGAUUCUUCGACCGCCCUUGAAUCCAACUGUCCCAGGAUUACAGAGACAUGAUACAUCGUGGAACCGUGUCAUACGCAGGCUACAUCGAACCGGAAAUGUGGCAAGCCUGUACCGCGAACUUUCAACUGUCCUACAGAUCGCCGAUUUGAACAGUCGGCGGAUGGACGUGGUAGCAGCCGGGAAGUCCGAACACGGAGGAAAGCACGAACCGGGAAUCCGUCGUCAUCGACGUCGACGUCGUAGGAACGGCAAGUUGACAGAGGUCGGCAGUAGGUUUGCGCGCAGGAAACGAGAACGGAAGAAGAGCGAGAGGGAGGGGGUUUGCACGAUCAACCACAAGGAAAAAAGUGUGCACCGUGUGGCAUUGAGUAAACCGUGGACCUCCUAGGAAGGCCGCUUCGGACGCGUCCUCUUUGUGUUCCGAUCCUAUCACUACCAUCGGUACUGUGAUAUUCCUUCUUCUUCUUUUUCUUCUUCGCGUUCGCUCGUCAUUUUGCCCCGCGAAGCAAAAGAAAGCGUGUCCCGUAGAGCGGAAGUAUGCUGCCAGCCUCUGUAAUCGCGUGUGCCGAGCUCUAACAAGGGUGGUUCCGUUUGUCAGAGAUUUCGUGUGCAGACACGUGGUGCGUGUAAUAUAACGAGUGAGAAUAUCGGUGCUAGUUUUAUUAAGAAGAAUCGUGCAAGAUGAUACUGCUUCGGACCACGCUGAUUGUGCUAUGCUCUGUGUUGGCUGCCGGGGCACCCAGACCCUCCGUCAUCUACGCGGACGAGACAGUGCAAAACUAUCUCAUGAAAUUUGGUUACCUACCACAAACGGAUAUUGAAACCGGAAAUCUUAGAACAGACGAUCAACUGAGGGAUGCCAUUAGAACUUUACAGAGAUUUGGUGGCAUUCCCGUGACCGGUGAAAUCGACGAAGCAACGAAAAAGUUAAUGAAACUUCCGCGAUGCGGACUUCCGGACAAACCGGAUCCCAGGUACAAAAGCAAGCGACGCAAACGGUACACGAUCCAUGGACAACAUUGGCCACAUCGAAAUCUCACCUGGAGUUUAAGAACCGAACAACCAAGCGGCCUGGACACGGGUGGCGUUCGUUUCGAGCUGAGCAGAGCCCUCGAUCUGUGGGCGAGGAACUCCAAGCUCACUUUCCAGGAAGUUAACAGCGAUAGAGCGGACAUUUUGGUCUACUUUCAUCGUCGUUAUCACGGUGACGGAUAUCCUUUCGAUGGCAGGGGCCAGAUUCUGGCACACGCAUUCUUCCCGGGCAAAGAUCAGGGCGGAGAUGCCCAUUUUGAUGAAGAGGAAAUAUGGUUGCUGCAGGACGACAGUAAUGAAGAAGGGACCAGUCUUUUCGCAGUGGCCGCUCACGAAUUUGGCCACUCUCUCGGCUUGGCACACAGCUCGGUUCCUGGAGCGCUCAUGUACCCGUGGUACCAGGGAUUGAGCUCUAAUUACGAGCUGCCAGAGGACGACAGACACGGGAUUCAACAGAUGUACGGUGCACCGGAGGAGAAGCUUUGGGCGAUUCUGCCCAACGGUCCAUCACUUCCGGAACGACCUACAACGCCUCGAACAGUGACAACCGUUGCUACAACCUAUAGACCAUGGAAAACACGACCCACCAGGCCGAAUUACUAUCCAAACGAGGACCAACCACGACACCCAGAUCGUUACCCGCUGAAGCCUCACAAGCCUCACAAACACCAUACGACGACCACCUCCACCACCAUGAGGACCACAUACCCGCAGAGGCCAAGGCAUCGAUGGACCCCGCCGCCCAGAAACGACGUACCGGAUAAAUGCGACACCAGCUAUGAUGCCAUCAGUAUCAUUCGCAGAGAGGUGUUCGUCUUCAAAGGACGGUACCUGUGGAGGAUCGGUGAAAACGGAAUGUACGAAGGAUAUCCAGCGGAAAUAACGCGUUUGUUCAAUCUACCUGAAUACAUUGAUCACGUGGACGCGGUUUACGAAAGGCCAGACAAGAAGAUAGUGUUCUUCAUUGGCAAGAAAUACUACGUUUUCAACGCCAAUCAUCUGGAACCAGGUUAUCCCAAGCCGUUAACGACCCUCGGAUUACCGGAAUCGUUGGAGAAGGUGGAUGGUGCUAUGGUCUGGGGACAUAAUGGGAAAACUUACUUUUUCAGCGGUUCCAUGUACUGGAGGUUUGACGAAUCUGUAAACAACGUGGAACUGGAUUAUCCAAGAGACAUAAGCAUGUUCGCUGGAGUUGGAAACGAUAUUGACGCCGUUUUUCAAUGGACAGAUGGUAAAACGUACUUUUUCAAAGGGAAAGGUUUCUGGGAAUUCGAUGACCUGAGAAUGAAAGUUGCCCACGAAAGACAAAAAUUAUCGGCGCCCGUUUGGAUGGGCUGUCCACGGGAAUUGGAGACCAACGACGUCGACAUCUUACCACGAAAAUCGAAGAUCACUGCCGCGAACCGAGCAUCGACACCACAAACUUUCUUCCUCGGAUUAUUUUUUAUAGCAUAUUUGAACAAAUAUUUGUAAACUGUGAUAUUUAUGUAAAAGCCGCGUACCAAACGCGAGCCCGCGUGUGCGCGACGCGUACACGACUCCGGUCUAAAUUUCAACGCACUUCCCUUAUAUUGAUUAUACGGAAUUAAAGUAAUUUUAAUAAAGUAAUUUUUAAAAAAUUUUAAUAAUAAACGACUUAUCCCAAUU